AUGUCAAAGCGUACAGCAAAGGCGCAGGCGAGCAGUGCGCGGGCGGCCACGACGUCUUCCUUCGGCGCUUUCGGCAGUGCGUCAGCGGCAUUCAGCGCGAGCACAUCACCCCUGUCCUACGUGACCGAACCCCCAGAUCUAUCCGCCAUCUCAGACCCGAACGUCAUCGUCUACUUCCGAAACCUCUCCAAGAAGGACAGCACCACCAAGGCGAAGGCGCUGGAAGACAUACAGUCAUAUCUCUCGACACUGCAAGAGCCAGUGGAAGAGGGCCUGCUGGAGGCAUGGAUCAAGAUAUACCCACGAACCUCGAUCGACAAUGCGAAAGCCGUUCGCCAGAAUGCCCACCUCGUCCACGGACAGUUCGCCGUAUCCGCCGGCAAGCGCAUAGCAAGAUACAUGCCCAAGAGCGUCGCAGCAUGGCUAUGCGGUCUUUAUGAUAGCGAUAGGUCCGUAGUAGACGCGACGCAGACCUCCCUCAGACAGGUCUUCAACACACCUGAAAAGCUCCAGAGCAUCCGGAAGGUGUAUCAACAACCCAUACUAGAGUAUUGCCGGGAUGCGAUAGACAAGGAGAGCACAGCGACUCUGAGUGACGAGCGCGUAGUCAGCAAAGACGACGCCGAAGCAAAGUACAGCCGCGUCAUCUCUGCAUGCAUAUCCUUGCUGGGUAGUUUGUUGAACAACCUACAACCUGAGGAACUAUCCAAGUACCAGAACGACUACGAGUCUCUCAUUGGGGAUAAGAAGCUCUGGCAGUUCGCCUCAUACAACGACGCUGGCAUACGGCGCUCAGUGCACCGUCUCCUGAGGACAUGCCUCACCAAGGAGGACGUUGCUGUUCAGGAACAUCUCGACACUUUCAGCAAGGCCUAUCUAGCCGAAGCCUUGAACUCCAAUCAGACCGGUUCCGUCGGCGAUUAUGUCGAGUCCCUCACACUACUCACAUCCAAGCAUCCCUCCGUAUGGACAGACAACUACAAGAGCAAGACUGGGGUCGAUAGGCGCCUACGGCAGUUUUUAAAGAAAGGCUCUCAACUGGGACCCCGCGACACAUGGGCACGGGUGCCUGAGCUCCUAAAGAUAAUCCCGAAAGAGGUCCUGCCGCAAUCUAGUGCCGAUUCCGCAGAGCUACUCAACGCCCUGCAUGGCGGCAUUAUUCGCAAGGACGAGCCCAAGUACAAUCAUGAAGCAGGAUUCAAAGCCUACCUCGAAAUAGCUGGUCAACUCACCCAGCGGUUGAGUGAUCAUGAAAGAACUAAGCUCCUCGAAGAGAUGGUGUUGCCAAUCAUCACGCAGUAUCUUCGUCCAUCGUUGGAGACAUCAGACUGGGCUGUGCCAUCCAACGCGUCAAGCCUAAUAUCCAAAGCCCUAGAGAUUGAAGGAAUGGAGAUUGUGCUCGAACAGCGAUGGCCUUCCUUGUCACAGCAGUUGAUCGAUAACAUCAAGACUUCAGCCCCAGAGCAGUCAAAAGAUUAUGAGAAGUCUCAGACGAACGUCAUCCAGCACGCCACGCGAUAUGCGACCAUGCAAGACCAAGCGCUUGCCAUCAAGACUUUGGAGUCGUUGCGAUCAGUCAUUUCCCAGGCGUGCUCUUCAAUAGUAGCAGAAGCUCUCGAAGUACUCAAAAACAGAAAUGGGAAACCGUACGGCGCAGCAGGUACGAUUGCAGCCGUACUAAAGCGUAACCCAAGUUUUAUAUCGUCUACCAAGGCCGAGCAAGACCUAGAGCUGUUUAUACAGCAAGAUCUUCCAGAGCUGGUGUUGUCUCCCUCAUCCUCCUAUCUGAUCGAUAUACUAUACACCAAGUCAGACCGCGCGUACUUCAAGGACGCAUGGAGCGCGUCUCUCAAGACUGUUCUUAGAGAUGCAGACUCUCCAGCAAAGACAAAAGCUCUCGAAGCAAUCAUCACCUCAUCGAGAAUACCAACGUCCUUUGACCUUGCCACAUCGGAUCCUGAACUACAGAAGUACAUAACCACGAAUGUACGCGAGGCUGUUGAGGGCUCAGCCGAAUGGGAUUCGUUCAGUCGCAUGCUUCAAUCACCAGCAAGGAUACUUGCUCCCGAAACAGCUGAUGAAAUCCUUGCUUACAUGACGGAAACGCUAUCAAUAUCAAACCAGGCUCCCUACUCAUUGCAAGGUCUACGCCAAAUCGUCAAAUCGAAUCCAACAAUGCUACGAGAGUUUGUCGCUAGUUCACAGGGCGCUGGUCUUCUUCAAGGCCUACUUCUCGCUUCAGAAUCCCCAGAUGAUGAGGUCGCGCAGGGCGCUAAAACUGUUAAUGCCUCGAUCCAGACCAUACUGUCAUCUGGCUCUGACUCUAAGCAAUCGAUAUACAAUCUCGUUCAACAAGGCCUGCGCGAGGCUACCCCGUCAUCUGUCUCAGUCGAAACUUUGGUCGACUUGGCGAAGCAGUCAGUCAAGGCCGGUAGUGAUUGGGAAGGGAUUUCCCUCGUGUUUCCCAGUAUCGAAGACUGGAAUGCAGCUCUUGAUCCGUUUCUCAAUGCUGCGCCAAAGUCGUCUUUGGCUAUCACGAAUCCACUUGGGGGCGCCGUGUAUCUUGUCAAAGAUGGCCAAUUGCCUUCUAAGAUCAGAACUAUGUCUCGCGAUGCUGACGGCUACUCUGCUGCAUACCGUAUCACACAGUAUGUGACGAGGCUUUUCAAAAGCCCAGACCUUUUCUCUGUUGAUAAGAUUCCUUCUGCGCUUCGAGCUGCCUACCUUCGUAACAUUGCGGUUUCCGUGCAGCUUGCAGAUGACAACCUUGGACUUGCCGGCGCGAAUGGCUUCUGGGCACAAUACAACUCGGACGUUGAAGCUGAGGCGAUGACCUUCAUGUCGGAUGCGCAACCAUUCGUGACACACGAGCUAAAGAACCUUGUCGAUACGUGGUCGAAGGACGACGACAACGCCCCGCUGUUGUCUUGGGCAACCUCACUCUUAUCGGAGAUAGAUGUCGGCGCAACUUCUCCAGCUUACUAUCAUGCCCGAGCAUAUGCUGUCUUGAUAGCCGACGCUAUUGAGAUUACUGGCUGGAAAAAUUCACAAACCGCCCAACUUCAGGAGACGCUGAAGUCCACGCGAAGUUCGAAAAACAUCCUCCAGCUCCUUGCGUUCUUGAACGCUUUCAGAGAGCCCUUGUCGUAUGCAAAAGCUUGCGAGAGAAUGUGCAAUGAGAUCGUCGCCGAUCUGACAGGCCUUGAUGUCCAGCAUAAGUCGCAGGAGGCACUGCAACAACUCGUGCUGUUGAACAGUGUCAUGGGUCAGGAAGGUAUCUUGGAGAGCAUCGCUGGUCCUCGUCUGAUGCGCUUUAUCCAGCAUGUCAUCCCGUGGCUACAGGAAGAUACCGUCAAUCGUUCUACCAAAGCAGAGUUGUGCCGCGCGUUGUCUGUACUGGUUCCCCUGAUCGGCGAAAUGUACGGUGAGCACUGGGUCGGUAUCUUGAGUGCGCUUUCGACGAUUUGGUUAGCUACAAAAGAGCUGGAAGCGAACGAGUCCGGCGUGGACACUCCAAUUCCCCUCGUACACGCAUCGUUGAAGCUAUAUGCACAACUGCGGAGCUUGACCCAAGCCGAAGAACCAAACGACGAUCUUCUCGAUGCAUGGAAAGAGAACGAGCAAGCUGUUGCUGAUGGGCUCAUCAACAUCCUGAAGCAUUCGCAACAUUUCCCAGACGAAUUUCAUCAGCCACUGAAGAUGGUCAACGAUGUUUUAGCGCGUCAGAUCUCCAAGGUGUCGCUCAAGCAUCUGGAGUCCACCGAGGAACUUUUCCCUCUUCUUUACGUAGAGUCUCAACCGGUCCAACAGACUGCUUUCGACAUCCUACACAAGCAGAUCCCUGCAUCCCAGGAGCAAGUGUCCAUUGACGCAGCAUUGGAGAAGACGACUGCCCGAUUACCUGAGGAAUUGCUGUCAUUGAUCAUCGAUGCGCCCACGGUCACUGCACUUGCCGAUGCCAACUUUGAGCGUAGUGUGCCCUUGCCAUUGAGAGGUUAUCUAUUGAGCUGGCUGCUAGUCUUCGAUCACCUAGAGCAUGCUUCCUUCAAGGUCAAGAAUGAUUACGUUGAGCAUAUCCGAGAGGGUGAGUACCUCCCUGGCCUUCUCGACUUCAUGUUCGACUUCCUUGGCCAUGCCCACAACAAGCCAGUCGAUGUCUCCAAGCUUGACAUCACGACGUAUGAAGCGGAUCUUGAACCACCCAAGCGUGAUUUGCAAUGGUUGUUAACACACUUAUACUUCUUGUGUCUGCGCGACGUCCCUUCUUUAACGAAGACCUGGUUCAAGAGCUGCAAAUCACGCGCCAUAGUCGUUGCGCUCGAGCCGUGGACGGAGAAAUACGUUUCGCAGCCUGUGAUCGUUGCCGCCCUCGAAGCAGUCAACACAUGGUCGGAAGAGCAAGCCGCGGCUGAGCCCGACUCGGCGUUUGCGGUAAAAGUUGUCAACCGCGCGCGCGAGAUUACUGCAUCAUAUGUGGUCGAUGAACAAACCAUGGCGAUGCGAAUCUCUCUGCCACCCGCCUUUCCUCUCGCAAAUGCUCACAUAGAAGGCCUGAACCGCGUUGCUGUUAAUGAACAGAAAUGGCAGUCUUGGUUGCGGACAUCGCUGGGAGCUAUUACAAUUUUCAACGGCAGCCUGAUCGACGCGCUGACCACGUUCAAGAGGAACGUCGAUGGAGCGCUCAAGGGCCAGAGCGAGUGUGCCAUCUGCUACAGUAUAGUUGGGUCGGAUCGCAAGUUGCCUGACAAGAAGUGUCACACUUGCAAGAAUCUCUUCCACGGAGUCUGUCUGUUCAAGUGGUUCAAGAGUAGCGAUAGCUCGAGCUGUCCGCUCUGCAGAACCAGCUUCAAUUAUGCAUAG